UUCUUUUCGCGGUUUCUUGCAAGUGUUGGAGGAGUACUUUGAACCCCUACUGUCCCGGUGCUCUGUAACUUAGUUCGUGUUUUUGGGUUUCCACUGGAUUCUCAUCGAAUGUAGUGGUUCUUCUCGGCUUUCCAUGGAUAUUUUCUGAUGUAGCUGGAGAUAUAACCCUUUAUGUUGAUGGACAAUCAUUCUUAUUACACAAGUUUCCUUUGGUUUCACGGAGUGGAAAAAUUCGGAAAACGGUAAUGGAUUCCAGGGAUCCAGAUCUCUCCAUGCUUGAGCUUCAUGGUGUACCUGGGGGAGCAGAAGCUUUCGAACUUGCUGCUAAAUUCUGUUAUGGCACAAAUUUUGAGAUCACUGCAACUAAUGUUGCCCAUCUCCGUUGCAUUGCUGAAUAUCUGGAGAUGACAGAAGAUUACCAGGAGAAAAAUCUAAUUGCUAGAGCAGAGACCUACUUAAGUGAGAUUGUUGUGCAAAGUCUUGAGAAGUCGCUUGAAGUUUUAUGUUCAUGUGAUGGCUUGCAUCCCAUAGCAGAGGAGGUUGGUAUCCUAGAUAGAUGUGUGGAUGCAGUUGCAAUAAACGCCAGCAAGGAGCAGUUGGUUUCUGGUUUAGCCCGCUUGGAAUGUGAUGAUGAAUCUGGUAAGUUAAAGAUGCAUUGCCAGGACUGGUGGGUGGAAGAUCUUUCGGUGCUAAAAAUUGACAUUUAUCAGCGAGUUAUUGCUUCCAUGAGGAGAACUGGGGUCAGAUCAGACAGCAUUGUCCAAUCACUAAUGCAUUAUGCUCAAACUUCUCUAAAGGGUAUUGAAAGACGACACAAUUGGGAGUCUGGCAUUGUUGUUGGAGACAAGCAGAGAGUGAUCAUAGAGGCUCUUGUUGAUCUAUUGGCAACCGAGAACAUCACAACAGUUCCUCUCUCCUUUCUGUUUGGGAUGCUAAGAAUGGCAAUCGAGUUGGCUACCAGCCUUGGCUGUAGGUUGGAGCUGGAGAGGAGAAUUGGGUUCCAACUGGAAUUGGCUUCACUUGAUGACCUGCUUAUUCCUUCAUCUCAGCCAAACGAUUCAGUUUUUGAUGUUGAUACAGUCCAUCGAAUGUUGGUAAAUUUCAUCCAAAGGGUUGAGGAGGAUGACUCUGAAGAUUCAUCUCAUUGUGGAUAUGAAUCUCUGAGCGUAAAAUCUCCAAGUCACAGUUCCGUUCUGAAAGUAGGGAGGUUAAUAGAUGGAUAUCUUGCAGAAAUUGCACCAGAUCCACAUCUGAGUUUGUCAAAAUUUAUGGCAAUAAUUGAACUCUUGCCAGAUUAUGCUCGCAUAAUUGAUGAUGGCCUCUAUAGAGCUGUUGAUAUCUACUUGAAGGCCCAUCCAUCACUGACAGAAUCUGAAUGCAAGAAGCUGUGCAAGCUCAUAGACUGCCAGAAGAUCUCUCAAGAAGCUGCCAACCACGCUGCUCAAAACGAUCGGCUCCCCGUCCAAAUGGUCGUUGGCGUCCUCUACUUUGAGCAGCUCCGCCUCAAGUCUGCCCUCUCAGGAAACUCGGGCGAUGGUUCCUUCUCCCAGAGGAUCAUCAGCAGCAGUGGUGUACAGAGUGCUGCAGUCUCCCCCAGGGACAAUUAUGCCUCCCUCAGGAGGGAGAACCGAGAACUAAAGCUAGAAAUCGCCAGGAUGCGUGUGAGGCUUAGUGAGUUGGAGAAGGAACAAGCAUUCAUGAAGCAAGGGAUGAGGGACAACAGGUCGCAAGAACACAGUAAAGCAUUCCUUUCAUCCAUUUCGAGAGGGAUAGGCAGGAUAGCCAUGUUCAGCCCAUCUCAAAGGAAGCAUCAGAAAAGCACAAAGAAGGCACAAGUAUCGGAUGCCAAGUCGCGAAGACGACAACGGCAAUCUGCCUCAUGAGAAUGCUGGGGAAGCUAAAGUACAGUGCCUAAGGUGAUACUGGCAAGACACAGUAUAUGGAGCAGAGAGAUAAAUCUUUCAUUAAACUAGGUGCAAGGACAAAGAAAUGCUGUAAUUAUUUGCUCUUAUGAUCCUAUGCCAUUCCUUUUUAUGUCUUCCUAAUAUAUGGAGGAUAAAAUUAUACUGUGAGAGUAGGUAAUUGACCUUACCAGCUCAGAGGAGCAUUUUGGAGUGGAAUGCUUUUGCUUACUUGAACUCUCUGGCAUUGUACUUGUAAACAAGUGAACAGAUGCAGCUGCAGGUCAAAAAAAGGAUGGUUUGGGAAUUGGAAGCAUGGGAUUGUGGUGUUUGUAAGGGUUUGAGUUUUACUUCUUUUGAUGAGUGUGCCUUGAA